AAGUCGCACACACUAAUGUAACGAUUUCUCAUUCAUUAGCAGCGGACAAGAGCAUCCCGGACAACUGGAUCCCACCCUAAGUCACAAAUUAUCAUCAAGCAAUCACAAUCAUGGCUUCUAGUGAUCAAUUUCAGAUCUGCCCUCCUACGCACCUGUACAUUUUAUUCCUAUUACUAUAUCCUCUGAAGCAAGAUGGCAACUACUUUUUAGUCUUUACAUAAUAAUAUAUGAUUAUAAACCAAAAGACGUUGGAAGAUUUUUCAUCUCACUAUUAUAUUAAGCCAAGUUCCUCUACUACUCCACUCUAUAAAUACAACCAUCAAACACCUACAGACUCUCUCCACUCCACAAUCAGACCAACUCAAACGCCAUGCGGUCUCCAAUCCGAACGGAGGCUGUUCUCCACUCCCCUCCCCCUCACCCCUCCUCCUCCUCCCCUCCUCCUCCUCCCCUCCAUUUCGGUCCAACAGGUGGGCUCCAUACUCUAGCACCAAGGACUUCGACACCAACAUGGUCACCAUCCUCGUCGUCCUCGUCUGCGUCACCAUCCUCGCCUUCUCCCUCCACGCUGCCGCCAGCUGCCUCCUCAGGCGCUACCGCCGCCGCCUCCGCCACGACGACCAACACGAAACGCCGGAGGAGGAGAAGGGGAAAUCUGGGAGGGAGGCCGCGUCGCCGGAGGAGACGCUGCCGUCGCUGGUGUACACGGCGGGAACGAGGCUGGCCGGGGCCGCGGCAGAGUGCGCCAUCUGUUUGGCGGAGUUCGCGGAGGGCGAGCGCGUCCGUGUCCUGCCCGCCUGCAACCACGGCUUCCACGUCAAGUGCGUCCAGGCCUGGCUUGCGACCGGUUCUUCCUGCCCCACCUGCCGCACCCCCGCCUCCGGCGACCUCCCAGAGGAGCCUUGAGAACCAGGGAGACAAGCAGAAGAAACCAGCGCAAAUAGAGAGGAAACUCUCUGUAUAAUACUGAGGUAACUGAGCAGAGGUUUUUUUGAUUUCAUUUUUUUUGUUUCGUUCUCUUUUGAUCUCCCUCCAAUUCCUCCAUAUCUCUGAAACUUUUACCCGAUGUGAAGGGUAAUUUGCUCUAGAGGUACAUCGUACCGCGUUUAUAUGAAAAAAAAUAAGUGGAAAACAGUUUCUUCCUCCGGGAAAAGCUGUUCCCUUUUUUUU